CCCACUCUGCCCAGAAGUACAAGAGCCCAAGCCGCCUCCAUGGCCCCAGGAAGGAUUCAGGGGAGAGGCCCCAUACAGGGAGCCACUCCAACAAGACAGCCUGGCCAGAAUGGAGCGGACUGAACUGCUCCUCGUGGUCAUGCUUCUCCUAACUGCAAAACCAAGUCAGUCCAGCCCGGCUCCUCCUGCCUGUGAUCCCCGGCUCCUAAAUAAACUGCUACGUGACUCUCAUGUCCUUCACAGCAGACUGAGUCAGUGCCCAGACAUUAACCCUUUGUCCACACCUGUCCUGCUGCCUGCUGUGGACUUUAGCUUGGGAGAAUGGAAAACCCAGACGGAACAGACCAAGGCACAGGACGUUCUGGGAGCAACAGCCCUUCUGCUGGAGGGAGUGAUGGCAGCACGGGGACAGCUGAGACCCACUUGCCUCUCAUCCCUACUGGGACAGCUUUCUGGACGGGUCCGCCUCCUCCUUGGGGCCCUGCAGGGCCUCCUUGGAACCCAGGGCAGGACGACAGCUCACAAGGAUCCCAGUGCCAUCUUCCUGAGCUUCCAACAGCUGCUCCGAGGAAAGGCGCGUUUCCUGCUGCAUGCAGUAGGGCCCACCCUCUGCGCCAAGCAGGCCCUACCCACCACAGCUGUCCCACGCAGUACCUCUCUGUUCCUCACACUGAACAAGCUUCCAAACAGGACUUCUGGAUUGUUGGAGACAAACUCCAGUGUCUCAGCCAAAACUACCGGCUCUGGACUUCCGAAGAGGCUGCAGGGAUUCAGAGCCAGGAUUCCUGGCCUGCUGAACCAAACCUCCACAUCCCUAGACCAAAUCCCGGGACACCUGAACAGGACACACGGACCUUUGAAUGGAACUCAUGGACUCUUUCCAGGACCCUCACCCGGGGCCCUGGGAGCCCUGAGCAUUCAUCCAGGAACUUCGGAGACAGACUCCCUGCCACCCGACCUCCAGCCUGGAUACUCUCCUUCCCUAACCCACCCUCCCCUUGAACAACAUACACUCUUCUCUCCUUCACCCACUUUGCCUACCCCCAUGGUCAAGCUCCAGCUCCCUCUCCCUGACCCCUCUGCUAUCAUGCCCAACCCAACUAGUCCUUUUCUAAUUGCAGCCCACCCUCACUUUCAGGAUCUGUCUCAGGAAGAGUAAGGUUCUCAGGCACUGCCAACCUCAGCAUUGUCUCCCGUGUGUAAUCCUCUCACCGGAGGAGAGGCCCUAGGAGACAACCGCAGCUGUACCGGGUUUCCUGCUUUCACCUGAAACACCAAGCCCUGGUAAAGGUGAACGCACAGGACGGGAAAUGGGAUCAUUUUUCACUGUUUAAAACACCAGAAACUAUUUUUUUAAGCUAUCAAUAAUAUUCAGCAGAGCAGCUAGUUACUUUUGGUCUAUUUUCUGCACGAGUGUACACAUUAUGAAUCCUCCAUAUGCUUUUUCAUAUGAUUCCUCAAAGGCCUGGCCUGGCCAGGCCUCUGAACAGAGGUAGAAACUAAUCUUAUGCGAGAAAACAAAAAAACAAGCUUUGGUUUUCUAUUCAGAACUAAAGUUAGUCUCUUUACCCCCUUUACCAUCAUUCUCAAUGGGAUGCUGAUCUUUUCUUAGGAGAUUCUUCCUCUUGAGGAAUGAAUGAGAAGUUAUCUCAAAGAAAGACUGUCCCUACAUAAUAGACAAAACUGAGCCUGGAUAUAUAAAGAAUGAAUGAGAGUACCCAAAGUCUAACUGAAGAGAAAGAGAAAGAUGUUCGUCUCCGGGGGCAAUAGUUCUGCCCCUCCCUUAAAAAAAAAAAGCAAAAAAAUAAAAAGAAAAAAAGAAAAGCUAACAGGAAGUCUAGGAGUGCCUCACACCUCAGGUAAGCCUGUGCAGACAGUUCAGCUAAGAGACCUGGAUGUGACAGCUGAGCAAACAGCAACAGCUUCAGCAGCCCAGCAGGAAGCUUCACCGGGCCCGGGUUCCUGCCUCCCUCCUGUGGAGGUCAGGGGGAAGUGCAGGAAGUGCCAUCAGUCAGUCUCCUGGGGCUCACACAGCAGGAGAGACAAGUCCAACUCAAGUAUAAGUUGAAGGCUCAUUUCCCAAUUCCCAGAAGUGAAUGUUACCUAAAAAGCAACCAUGUGUGACCGCUGUAAACUCUGUUAGGGGGUCCCUAGAAAAGAAGCCAGGGUUAUGGGACUUUGCCAAUAAAUGUCGUCCUGGUGCUUAGGAAGAGGAAGUUUAUAUUGCCCGAAACAAAAACUCCACCGCAAAGGUCAGCAUUACCUAGAGACUCCUGUAGGAAAAACUAAUGGAAGUUUUACCUCGUCCUCCCCACCAAAAGGAGAGGAAAGGCUGCCGUGUAGGUAGAGGAGCCAGCGACCAAGAGUUCCAAACACUGCCACAAAUACCCCAGGAUCACAAAAGGCACUCUAAAACAUAACGAAAGCCAGUGUGCCAGGAACCUUAUGUACAUUACAUUUGUUAAGGCUCACAUGACUCUUUAAGAUAGUUAGUAUCAUCUCUAUUUUAUACAUGAAGAAACCAACCAAAGCUCAGAGAAGCCAAGCAAGUUCCCAAAGGUUUCAUAGCCUGUAAGCAGGAAAAGAAGAAACACCCUUAGUCUGGAGCCCAUAGUGUCCCCAGUGCGGUGCACUGUCCAAUAUAUUAUUCAGUGAUUCUAUUUAUUGGGAAAAACUUCCAAGUCCUUGAGGAGUAAAUACAUCAACAGUUAAAAGAGUUCUGCGUAGAAAACCAAAGCUCUUGGUAGGGGUGACCAAUUUAGACAUCUCCAGGUGUCCCUCUCCCCCAUCACGAACAGAACAGUUGCCAUGGAGAAGGAAUCAACAAAUGCACAAAUCUUGAAAGUGUUGUCCAAAUCUCAGAUGGUGUCAGUUUCUGCAUGGGAAAGAAUCAGUUCAUCCACACUACAAAUUCCAGGAUGCAGUCAAGGGAAUUGGAAAGUGGAAAUUUUAAUUAACUGCAGUACUAAGGUAGAUUAAAUCUAAUAAUAAAAGGAAAUCCUUUAUGUUACAUGGAAUAGGCAGCACCCAGGACCAGAUAAGCCAAAGGGACCAGAGACAAAGAAUUAGGGGUUCUCAACACAGUCAGACGAGACAAAGAUAGCAAAACUGCAAGAAGCAUGUAGCCAAAGUUUCAGGCAUCAAGUAUUGGCAUUUGAUUUACUCCAAGGCAAAUACAAAUAACUAAUGGGAUUCUCCAGUGUGAAUUAAUCUGCCCCUAUUGAAGAUUUAACCCAUUCCCAAAUCAUUCUGUCUCUUCUUCCCUUCUCUCUCUCUCUCUCUCUCUCUCUCUCCCCUAAAACCAGGACAUUCCUAUCUCUAUUCAACUGUAUGUCACUUCCCUUCCUUCUACCACCCCAGAGCAGCUAGGACAGUCGGCUCUGUCACCCACAAACUACUACUGGUAAUUAGGUUCCCUCACUUAACCUAAAUUCAUCCUUCUCCAUCCACAAACCGCCCCCCCUCCAAAUUUGACUCCAUGGAAAGGCUUUAGGAUUCCAUAAAAAUUCAUUCCAACCCCCACUACAUUUCUAAUUUCCCUCUCCACCCUCUCUGCCCCAUACUAGGGUAAAAGAAACACCUUUACCUCCCCCCCUGCAGGGACCAUUGAUUUUCAAUCCAUUUUCCUAAAUACUCUGACACCUCAUGAAAGACCUGAAAAUGAUGGGGAAGGAGAUACCCCAGGCAACCCACCAGGGGACCAGCUCCCCUGGCAAAAUGAGAUCAAAAGUGACUACUGCUUCACACACACAAUCCUUCUGGAUAGUUACCAUGAAUUUCCCAGGGGACAUCAGAGUCCCGGACACAUUCUCAGAGACCUCGAAUGCCAGGCUGAAGAGCCAGCUCCCAUGCUGGGGACCUUGUAAGCAUCUCCACUUCCCCAACAGCGCUCUUCCCUACUCUCAAGUUAGUGACUGCAGUCAGGCUGCUACACUGUCCUGGGCACUGGCACCGGACUGCCAGCCUCACUGGUAUUAGUGCCCUGUCCACUUCACUGGUCUGUGCAGCAGCAAUCUGUUCAGUGUCACUGGUAAGGAACACCACUCACCCUCCCUCCAGGUCACCACUAGAAUACAGAGCAGACAGCCAGCUCCUCCACCUGCUCCUGUAACCACCAAAUCCACUCUUCCUAUUCUCUUCAUGGUCGUACCCUAUGCUUAUGUCUAAAAGCCUCUACCCAAAGCUUCCAUAAAGAGGAUGAACAUUUC